GGAACCCAAUUCUGGGAUCAAAAGAUGGAGAGUGAGAUUGCUGAGGGACGACUUAGCGGUAGCUCAUUUGAUAGGUAUAGCAUGGUACUUUUUGCUGGUAUUGCAGCUGAAGCGCUAGUUUAUGGUGAGGCUGAGGGUGGGGAGAAUGAUGAAAAUCUUUUCAGGAGCAUCUCAGUCCUUCUGGAACCACCGUUGUCAGUUGCUCAGAUGUCGAAUCAAGCCAGGUGGUCUGUUCUACAGUCUUACAAUCUGAUCAAGUGGCACAAGGCGGCACAUAGAGCCGCUGUUGAAGCUCUCCAAGUGGGAAGUCCUCUUAGCAUUGUUAUUAGAAGGAUUGAGGAAGCAAUGUCUUCAAGCAGAUGACUGAAGCACCAGCAUAUUGUGUAAUUCAUACUAAUACGGACACCCGAUAAAGAGAUCAUUUGGAACCUAUGAGCCCGAAGCAGAUAAUCUCGAAAUAAACCACCUGACUGCAACUGGAGUGGUGAAAAAGGACUUGUAUCUUUGGAUCCAUGUUCAUGCAAGUUAAGGUUUUAUUCACUAAGGGAGAUGUGGAGGCAAGAUAGUAGCUCUCUUGCCUUAUUCGUCUGUGUUUCAAGGGUUUAAACUUUAAAGGAAUCGUAGCCAUGCUUUUAAUAGCUUAAAAUAAUUGUAAAGUAUCUAUCAGUCAGUCACAUGAAAGCUGUAUAUAGUUAUGCAACCACUGAUGUAUCAGUUACUAGCCAUUAUAUGUGGUCUUAUGUCCUCUAGUUAUGCAACCACUGGUUUUUCUU